GUUUGGUGUUUGGAUUUUUUAUUUUUUGUUUAUUUCUUGUUUAUUUUUCAUUCUGAAUUUUAAUAUAAAUCAGAAUAAUGCCAUGGUCAAAUGAUAAUAGAAAAAAUUAUUGGUCAAUAAUCAUUAAAAAAUGUAUUCAAUCACGUAUUCAAUUGACAAUUUUGGCCAUUAUUGCCGAUCUAUUCAUACCGGAUCAUAUGGCUGAUGCAUAUCAUAAUGAAUUGAUCUAUGAACAUUUUAACAAUUCUAAACAAAAUGGAUGGCUAGAAACAAUAAUAAUUAUGGCCAUGAAACCAUUCAUAUCAUGGGAUGGUCAAUAUUUUAUCACUAUUGCCAAUUAUGGUGGCUAUUAUAAUACUGAUGAACAAAUGUUGGCAUUUUUUCCAUUUUAUCCAUUAAUAAUACGAAUAUUUGCAUCAAUAUUAUCCACCAUAUUGUUGGUUAAAUUACAUUGGAUUACAUGUAUAAUCAUUUCUGCAUAUAUUGUUAAUUUAAUUUGUUUUUGUUUUUCUGCCUGUUUACUAUUUGAAUUAAGUCAACAUUUUUUUUACCACAAUCAUAAUAAUGGCGAUGGUGAUGAUGAUAUCAUAAAGAUUGUUGAAUUAUUCAUCUAUAAUCCAGCAUCAAUAUUCUUUACAGCUUGUUAUACAGAAUCAUUAUUUACAGCAUUGACAUUGGCUGCAUUUUGUUGUUUAUAUAUUGGCCACAAUCCAUUCAAUGCAUCAUUAUUAUUUGCAAUGAGUGCAUUCACAAGAUCAAAUGGAUUCUUAUCAAUUGGUUACAUCAUUUUCUAUCAAAUUUGCCAUACUUGGCUUGAAUAUAUGAAUCAUCCAUGGCGAAAAAAUUCUUUGAAAAUAUUUUUGAUAUUGAAAAAUUUAUUCAACACCAUUAUUUUUGUGAUAAUGAUCAUGAUACCAUUUUUUCUAUAUCAAUAUUAUGCAUAUAAAUUAUUCUGUAAUUCUGAAUCUAUUCAUCAACCACAAUGGUGUAACUAUUCUAUUCCUUUAUCAUAUCAAGCUAUACAAGCUAAAUAUUGGAAUAUUGGCCUAUUACGAUAUUAUCAAUGGAAACAAUUGCCAAAUUUUCUACUUGCCAUUCCAAUUCUUUUUGUUAUUCUUUAUUCAUCAUAUGAAUAUUUUUAUAUAAAUUUUAAAUUCUUUUUAUCAACACUGGUUUAUAGACAACAGAAGAAUAUUUCAAUGUUCAUCGAUUGUACACAAAUGAAAAACAGCAACAACAACAACAACAACAAGGACGGCAAACGAAAAACUAUCAAUAUAAUUGGAUCAAAACAAUGUUUACCAUUUGUUUUACAUUCCAUUUUUUUGGCCACAUUCUGUAUACUAUUCAUGCAUAUACAAGUAUCAAAUCGUUUUCUAUUAUCAUCUAAUCCAUGGCCAUAUUGGGCUAUAUUUCAUCUUGAAUCAAUGAAACGAAAUAAUAAAUUGUCAUCACCAUCACCAUCGCCAACACUAUUUACACAACACUUGAAAAUAACAGCAACGAUGAUUCGUCAAAUUUGGUUCAUUGGUUAUUUCAUACUUGGAACCAUUAUGUUUGCCAAUUUUUUACCAUUUACCUAACACACACACACACACACAAACAAACA